AUGGCUGGCACCGAAGGGGGCAAGAUCCGACACAAAUUCCCUUCCUGGCUCGCAGACGCGAACCUGACGUGGUUCACGCACAGCCCCGACCUCACGCCCUGCUUCCGGAACACCGCGCUGGUUUGGGUCCCGUGCGGGUGGCUCUGGGCCGCGGCGGCCGCCGAGACGCGCCUCCUCUGCAAGAGCAAGGCGAAAUGCCUCCCUUGGACUUGGAUGGACGUCGCGAAACUGCUCCUGACCGCUUCAUUGCUGGUUCUUUAUUCGGUGGAUCUGAUUCGUGCAUUCGCCGAGCACGAAUCUGCACUUGCGUUUUACAUCACGCCGCUGACUCUCAUUCUCACCAUGGCGCUGAUUUGCAUAUUGACGCACGCGGAAAAAUCGCGAGGCAUUCGCGAAUCGGGGAUCGUCCUCGCUUUCUGGCUCCUCUUUUCCCUGAGGAGUUCCGUCUCUCUCUGGAGCCGGCUUCGUUCCCGCGAGGUGAAUCGAUUCGAUCUCUUCGCUGAGUCUUCGCUGCAGCCGAGCGAUUUGGAAUAUUUUAAUCUCCAGCCUCUCCAAAUCCGAGGAUCAUCCGCAUCCGCGAUCAUCGAGUUCGCCGUCGCCGCGAUCGAAAUAAUUCUCCACUGCUUCAGCGAAGCUCCGCCCGUUCCUUCCACUUCUCAAGAUGAAACGCAGAAUCCGUCUCCCGAGAAGCGAGCGCCUUUCUUGUCUCGAAUCGGGUUUUCCUGGUUCACGGAUUUCAUACGGCUCGGCUGGAGACGGCCGAUCGCGUUCGACGAGCUUUGGGACCUCGACCCGGAGAAUGCAUCGCAGGAAAUUGUCGCCGACUUCGAGAAGAACAUGAGGGGCACGGGCUCGCGCAGGCAGACCGAACCGAAAACGCCGGAAAACCCGGAGAAAUCCCUGCAGAAAAUUUCCAUCCUCAGUCCCUUAUGGAAGACGUGCGGCCCCGCGUUCCUCUUCAACGGAUGCCUCCUCUUCCUCGGCGACGCGAUCGGCUUCGCAAACCCAUUGCUUCUCCAUCAGAUGAUUUCGUUCGUGAACGGGGAGGCUCCUCAGUGGCAAGGCUGCGUCUUCGCGAUCGGGUUGCUCGUCGCUGGAGUCCUGCAGCCUCUCAUGUACACGAUCUCCUUCCAGAGAUCAAUGAUCGUUGGGAUGAGGACGAGGGCGGCGAUCAUCGCGGCGAUCUAUAAGAAGGUGAUCGUCGUCACAUCCUUACGUUUGUCAUCGGCGAGUCGUAAAGAAUCGUCGGUCGGAGAGAUGAUGAACUUGAUGUCCGUGGAUGCCCAGCGGUUUCUUGACGUUUCCGGCAAUUUCAGCAUGAUUCUCACUUUCCCGAUCCAACUCGGAAUCGCCUUUUACCUGCUCUGGGCUCAACUCGGUCCCUCACUCCUCGCGGGAGUCGGAGUGAUCCUCCUCGCGAUGCCCAUCAACAGCGCGAUAGCCGCUCGUUCCCGGAAACUUCAAGUGAAGCGAAUGAACGAGAAGGACGAACGGAUGAAACUCAUGAGUGAAGUCCUUAAUGGCAUCAAGGUGCCGAUCCGCGAUCUUCCCAUGUGUCCUCGUUUGCAUACGCUGGUGGGCUUGGCGUCUCUGGCCACUUACGUGCUGGUCGACCCGGAUCAUGUCCUGGACGCGUCCAGGGCUUUUGUGUCUUUGAGUCUCUUGAGGAUUAUUCGGGCGCCUCUCACGUACUUGCCGUAUCUCACUUCCGAGAUCAUUCAGGUCAUGGUGUCCGUCAGAAGGAUCAACAAGUUCAUGAACGCGAACGAAUUGGAUUCCAACAAUGUAUCGCGCAAUCCAAACGGGACUACAGGAGAUUGCGCAGCCUCGAUCGAGAAUGGGACAUUCGCUUGGGCACCCGACGACCCGCCAGUGCUGAUGGACGUCGACUUGCAAAUUCCAUCUGGGAAAUUAGUCGCGGUGGUCGGCCAAGUAGGCUCCGGGAAAUCCUCCCUGCUUUCGGCCUUCCUUGGCGACAUGGAGAAAGUUUCAGGCCUCGUCAAUGUUGAC